AUGUGGCAUAGUGAAGCGUUUUUCGGGUCUGAGCUUUAAUUCAUCCAUCGCUUUCGACAAAGGAAAAGGUGCAGGAUUGACUGGAAGUGGAUGACGCAAAGCCAUCUCUCGCAUUAUUGAAGACCAUCGCUUUUUCUGAGGCUUUCCUAUUCUUAACCUUCUUCCUACCGAGGGUUUAGUAGAUUUCCGUACAUAGACUUUUUCGUUGUCAAAAUAAUAAUGUGUCUGAGCAACCCAUUUUUCAUCAUCUGGACUCGGUUUUGCAAAAGCUUCGAGUACUUCUGGUUCUACUGCUUCAAUGAGUGGAGGUAGACCGUAAUAUGUGUCUGUAGAACUCAAUGGAGAAGGCGAUCGUAACGAAGUUACUGCUUCUCCUGUGCUCGUAGUUUGUGGCUGUGACAACUUCCUAUCUGGCAUUCGGAAUGGCGUUGUUUGGUCAGUGCGAGGAGAUGGCAGUUUUGACUGAUCCGAUGUUGUCAUUUCACUGCGAGAAACCGUUGAAAAGUCGCUAUUCCAUCCCAAUUCUAGCCGAUUGUGUUCCAUGCUUAGAACGGCAGCAUUAUAAUCUUCGAUAGUUAAGUUCGUUUGAUCCUCGCUGUGAUUCGGUCGCGUAUUUCUCUCCAUGAACGGUUCUGCAUCCGAUGCGUAAACUCUGGAAGGAAGACGUUGUCUGAUGGGGAUUCUACCAUCAAAAAGGGGGAAGCCUGGGUAAGGUCUUGGGCUUUAAGUGGAUGUACAGGGUUUCAGAGGCAGGGAAGUGGAAUAGCGGUUACACCGGUGCUGAACAUUUUGCCCAUGACUCGGAAUCCUUGCGUUGACAUAUCACCGCCUGAUUUGCUGAUGAUGACUGCUCUGAUAUUCGAUAAGGAGCUGACCAGAGACUUUCCAAAUAGCGGAAGAACUCGGUUACCCAAUGUAAACGUCUUCAUGAAUCAUGCCGAACACUUGAGGCUUGUGUUCUACACAGUUCUUGCUUUUGUGGAUUUUGUGGAUUCAAAAAAAGGAAAUUCUGACAAAACACGGCAUAGCAUCUGA